GGUGUACGACCUAAACCUCUAACAUUUGCGUGGCCACAGCAGAUGGUGCUCUAGGGUCCCCUGAUGCGUUCGUGGUAGUCAAUCUUCGUGCCUUGUCAAAGAGAUCCUGCAUAUCCUGUGAUCAUUUACAGUGUAGACUUAAAGUGUUGAAACGAUUUUGUCACCCGCCCAUGGCUGAGAGUAGGUCGAAAGAAUGAUGCACUUGUUUUCGAGUUUUGAACUAGGUCACAGUGUUGUUUAUUUUUUUAAUUGGUGUGGUGAUCAAAAUUGGUGAUUUGAUCGAGGAUUCUUGCUGAAGGAACGAUGUCUGCCCAAGCAAAAGGACUCCUGCGCAGUAUCAGACCUCUGAGGGAUAUAGGUAGACAGACUUGCAGACAGGCCAUUGUACACCAUGGUACGGAACAAUUCGCAGCUGCUUUUUCUCACCAGAGAUCACCUUUGGUGAGGGAAUUUAGUAGAGUGGCUGGUGGGUCGUCAGUUUUGCGUUGGUCUCUCACCAUCUGUUCAGGUCAAAAUCUAUCCUCGGUCGAAAUUGGGCUGCCGGUUUGUCGCAACUUUGCCACUGCAACGUUACAAGAGCAGUCAGUUGGCAGUAGUGGCCUAGCGCUGGAAGCUAAGCCCAAACUAAUGUCACCAGAAUCUCGAAGAACUGGUGUUGUUGCUGUGAAAUGUGGUAUGACAGCUGUUUGGGAUAGGUGGGGAUCACGCGUGCCCGUGACAGUUCUGUGGGUCGAUGAUAACCAGGUGGUUCAAGUGAAAACGAAAGGAAAAGAGGGGCAUAAUGCAUUGCAGAUCGGAGCUGGGCAGAAAAAAGCGAAGCAACUGACCAAACCAGAAUUGGGCCACUUUAUUGCCAGUGGAGUGCCUUUAAAGCGGAAGCUGGCAGAAUUUCCAGUAUCGGAUGAUGCUCUUUUACCGGUCGGAACAAUCCUGAAUGUUCGACAUUUCGUACCAGGCCAGUAUAUUGACGUAGCAGGGAUAACGACAGGAAAAGGGUUUCAGGGUGGUAUGAAAAGAUGGGGUUUUGCUGGGAUGCCGGCAUCUCACGGUACGUCCCUUGCGCAUCGAGCUUUAGGGUCCACCGGUGGUCGCCAGGAUCCUGGAAAGGUUUUCAAAGGCAAGAAGAUGGCUGGGCAAAUGGGAGCCAAGAGGACGACCAUAAAAAACGUCUGGAUAUACAGAAUAGAUCCUGCAAGGAACCUGAUUUGGGUGCGGGGACAGAUCCCAGGUCACAACGGGAAUUUCGUGCUACUGAGAGAUGCUGUUUACAAGAAACCGGAUCCAUCAACUUUGCCGUUUCCAACUUUUUUCCCUCCAGGAGAUGAAGAUGUCAGCUCUCUACAGCCCAUUGAAGUGGACUUAGGAGACACGGAUCCAUUUUUGGCGGAUGAUUAGUGGUUAUGUGACAGAUUUUUUUAGAGAUAACCUUAACCUUUACGACAUUCUUCUUAUGUGGGUUUGAAUCUCCGUCUAGCCUGGUUCACAGACGAAGAGUUCCAUUUGCAGAAGGACAUCAAUUUGACAGGUGUGGAAAGUCAACUCCACGGAGUUGGUUAGUAACGGGAAAGAUGUACUGUACAUUGUGAACACAAUGCCCAUUCCUCUUUCUCGUGAAUCGAAGCUUAUAAGCAAGAUUGGACCUGGAUUGUACGCCAUGAUCGUGCAGCCAGCUUCAUAAAACGAGUUCAGGAUUCGUGGUCGGCCAAUUUGAUCAUCCGAUGCCGAUUGAAAGUCCUGAUGAGGGCAUGAAUCUGGUAGUGCUUUAAGUGUCGGACGGAAGUGGUUUAUGAUGUAUAUGAAACCUAGAGGGCAGCUUGGCUUAAUGUCCUUGUGUGCCCAUCAGUGAAUGAGGCGGAUGUUGGGUAUCGCAAGCAGAUACGAUCAAGGUGCUCUUUACGGCAUUUAUCAGCUGUUACACGUACAUGUCAAAUUUUUUCCCACACGAGCACUAGCUGCCGGAUGACUGAAGUUGACAAGAUUAGUUCUGGAAUCUUUGAAUAUACGGUAACGAGCCCUACAAAGCCACAAGCGAUUGAAAAGCUUGGAAUGCACAUGGGUAUUGCAGCAUCAAUCCAUCGACCUGAGUGGAUUUGAGUUUUGCUAACGACUCAAAUAUUCUAUGACAAACGGCAUCUUGCAAAGCAUAAUGUCUUUUCUA